AUGCUGGCCCUGUUGGCCGCCGGAAUGGCGCUCGCCGUGGCCGCCCGGGCCCAGGACAGCCCGGUGCCCGGCAGCCGCUUCGUGUGCACCGCGCUGCCCCCGGAGGCGGCGCGCGCCGGCUGCCCGCUGCCCGCGGUGCCCCUCCAGGGCGGCGCGCCGAGCCCCGAGGAGGAGCUGCGCGCCGCGGUGCUGCAGCUCCGGGAGACCGUCGUGCAGCAGAAGGAGACGCUGGGCGCGCAGCGCGAGGCCAUCCGCGAGCUCACGGGCAAGCUGGCGCGCUGCGAGGGGCUGGCGGGCGGCAAGGCGCGGGGCGCGUCGGCCGCGGGCAAGGACACCAUGGGGGACCUGCCGCGGGACCCCGGGCACGUCGUGGAGCAGCUCAGCCGCUCGCUGCAGACCCUCAAGGACCGCCUGGAGAGCCUGGAGCACCAGCUCCGCGCGAACGUGUCCAGCGCCGGGCUGCCGGGCGACUUCCGCGAGGUGCUGCAGCUGCGCCUCGGGGAGCUGGAGAGGCAGCUGCUGCGCAAGGUGGCCGAGCUGGAGGACGAGAAGUCCCUGCUGCACAACGAGACCUCGGCGCACCGGCAGAAGACCGAGAGCGCCCUGAACGCGCUGCUGCAGCGGGUCACCGAGCUGGAGCGAGGCAAUAGUGCCUUUAAGUCGCCCGAUGCGUUCAAAGUCUCCCUGCCCUUGCGCACGAACUACCUGUACGGCAAGAUCAAGAAAACGCUGCCGGAGCUGUACGCCUUCACCAUCUGCCUGUGGCUGCGCUCCAGCGCCUCGCCGGGCAUUGGCACCCCCUUCUCCUACGCGGUGCCGGGGCAGGCCAACGAGAUCGUGCUGAUAGAGUGGGGCAACAACCCCAUCGAGCUGCUCAUCAACGACAAGGUCGCACAGCUGCCUCUGUUUGUCAGCGACGGCAAGUGGCACCACAUCUGUGUCACGUGGACCACGCGGGACGGCAUGUGGGAGGCUUUCCAGGAUGGGGAGAAGCUCGGCACCGGGGAGAACCUGGCCCCCUGGCACCCCAUCAAGCCGGGGGGUGUCCUGAUCCUCGGGCAGGAGCAGGACACCGUGGGGGGCAGGUUCGAUGCCACGCAGGCGUUCGUGGGGGAGCUCAGCCAGUUCAACAUAUGGGACCGCGUCCUCCGAGCCCAGGAAAUCAUCAACAUCGCCAACUGCUCCACCAACAUGCCGGGCAACAUCAUCCCGUGGGUGGACACCAACGUGGACGUGUUCGGGGGGGCCUCCAAGUGGCCCGUGGAGAGCUGCGAGGAGCGGCUGCUCGACUUGUAGCCGCCUCCCCCUCUGUGCCCCCCGACAGACGGAGGCUCGGGGCCACUCGCUCUCCCGGUUCAACUGCGUGGAACCUCUUGCCAGCCUGGGCGGGGCCCCACGAGCACGGAGCCUCUGUGGCACUUUGUGGCCGGCUCCUUCCCCAGGCUUCCCAGUUUCGGGGGCCGGUGCCAGGAAGCCCCGAGCCACAACAGGUGAAUGUCACUUCCUGCUGUGAGAAGGCUGGAGGUCCUUACGCCCCCGUUUCAGACCCUGCCCCUGUCCCAGUAAAUGCUCCUGCAGCCCCCACCCACACCCCGCCUGCCCUCUCAUGUCCCUCACGUCCCCUGUGUACUGUGUACACCUCCAUCUGUCCCCGUGAAUGGCUGCAGCCAGCCCGCUGGAGUAGCCGUGUCCCGUGUAUGCUGUCUGUCCCUGCUGAGCACACGGCAACGCAGCCGCCCGAUCUGCAGAAGGACCCUUCCCUCUGUGCUCUGAGCAUCGCGACCUGUCGGGAGAACUGGAGCUGGCGGAGCCCCCGGACCAAGCCCUGCCCGCCGGGGAGCUCGCGGCCGCACCUGCCGCCCCCUCCCCUCUGACCUCGCUCCCCGCACCGUGCUUUGACUGAAUCAUUGCUAGGUAUGACUCCGAGAGGCCUCUCUCUCCUCAUCUGGUGCCAAAAGUUCCGUUGCAGCUUUUACAGCCAUUCCAUGGGGUUCCGGGGACUGAUGGCUUCCCAGAAGAAAGGCGUGGCCUUUCGAAGGCCCCCAUUCUGGCGUUCACCCACUGUGAGGAGUGUGCUAGUUUUUAAUCCACGUUGAUUCCUGUGAGCAUUUGACUCUCCCCAUCAGGUACAUCCCACAGAACCUUCUAGAAAAAGGAGGUCGUCGACUGAUGCUCGCUUAGUGACUCCAGGCCGCGUAGCGGACGGGAUGGUCGUUUAAGACAAAGUGAUUAUGCGGGGGAGAUUUCUAAAGCUAAAUAUUAUAUAUUUUAUUUUUCAUACAUGUUUGAGGUGCGAAUCUGUGGGAAUUCCAUUUGUAGGAUCAAACCGACAUGUCCAUCU